AUGAACCACGACUGGCACAAGAAAUACGGGUCUCUCGUCCGAAUCGCUCCAAACCAUCUAAGCACCAAUGAUCACUCCGCCCAAAAGAUUAUCUACGGCUUUGGCACCAAAAACAUCCCGUCGAUGGAGAAAGAUCCUCGAUUCUUCACCCCCGCAGUCGAUCACUCUAUGAACAUCAUCAACGAGUGCAACAUGGAAGAACAUUCGCGUAUGAGGCGAAUGCUCAGUUUCGCUUUCAGCAUGUCUAGCCUAUUGGACAACGAAGAUGUACUAGUACACAGGAUUGAUGAGUUUUUAGGCAUGAUUGACAACAUCAAGGAGGAGGAUGGCAAGAAAGGAUUGAACAUUAUUAGGCAUUUCAACUAUGUGACGUUUAAUAUCAUGGGUGAAAUGUCUUUCGGUGACUCUUGGGACUUCCAAUUAAAGGAGCAACAUGAACAUCGCUAUCACUGGGCCGACGUGAUUGUCAACACAACCUAUAUGAAUGACGUUAUGCGUGCCGUUGUCUGCAUCCCUGGUCUUUCCUCGUUUCUAGAGUGGUACAGGCCUGCUCACAUGAGGAAGACACUAUACCGGCACGCUGAGUAUGCAACAGAGCACACUGAAGCCCGCCUUAAAUCCCAAACCAACCGCAAAGACUUCAUGUACCACAUUCUCAACUCCAAGGGGGCCAGUGCAACGUCGAAGGAAAUCGCUUCCCACUACAACGCUAUCAUGAUGGCGGGCACUGUUACGACGGCUACUUUCCUGUCCGGUACUCUGUAUUACCUCUGCCACAACCGCCUAGCACUCCAGAGACUUCAGAAUGAGAUGCGGAGUGCGUUUCCGACGAUUCAGGCCAUCAGUAGCAAGGAACUGAUGAAGUGCACGUAUUUGAACGCCGUCGUGGAAGAAGGGUUGCGGAUUUAUCCACCAGCUGGGGCAGCGCAUUUGAGUCGGAUUGUACCAAAGGGUGGUUGUACAAUAUCGGGACAUUUUAUCCCCGAGGGCACCCGUAUAUCCGUCCACCCUUGGUCUAUACUUCGAGACCCCAAAAACUUCCACGAGCCGAAUAAGUUCAUUCCUGAACGUUGGAUCGAGACUGAGAGCGAGGGUCAAAGGGGCGAUAAACUUGAUAGAAGCCUGCCAUUUUCGUACGGGCCGAGAGGAUGUUUGGGAAGGAAUCUGGCGUACCUCGAGAUGCGCAUGGUCCUUGCCAAGAUGUUCUGGAAAUACGAUAUUGUAUGGUUCAACGGCGAUGAAAUUGACUGGGAGCGUGACACGAAAGGGUAUACGCUGUGGGAGAAACCGAAUCUAAGGUGCAUGUUUCGGGAGCGGGACAUGACUGGCCCUCCGUGA